AUGGCUCAGCGGGAUCCCCAAUUCAACCAGCAGGUCCUCGUGGACACCACGCCCAUGCCGGACCACAUCCCCAAGGUGGAAGAGAUUGGUGCGACCUCGGCCUAUCUGACCAGCGCGGCAUACUUUAUCGGGGACCGAUGCAAGGCCUUCAAUGACGAUUUUAUGAAGUGCAAGGACGAGGCCAAUGGCCGCGGAGAGAUUGAGUGUUUGAAGGAGGGGCGCAAGGUGACGCGCUGCGCUGCUAGCGUGAUCAAAGACAUCAACACCCACUGCCUGGACCAAUUCAAGGCUCAUGCCGACUGUCUUGAGAACAACAACCACUACAUGUUUGAAUGCCGCAAGGCCGAGGUCUCUCUCAACAGCUGCAUCUUUGACAAGCUGGGCCUGAAGAAGACCAUCCCCGGUGCUCCUGAGAACCAGGUCCCCGUCCACCUGCGCCCCAAACAGAAAUACGCCCAGUACCCUGGACCUCAGUACUAA